AAUUUGCUACUACCCAGUUGCAAACAGUACUAAAAAAUUUCACACAUACCCGGUGAAGCUUUUUUUCCCGCGUUGUUCUUAUAUAAGGCUGUCCUGUCUAGUCUACUGAUAGCCACACUUCCCACUGUGACCCCAAAGCGACUGACUCUUUACCGCCCCAAAAAUUGAUCCAAUGGAAAAAUCAGCUUUGCUGCUAAUGCUCCAUGUGUUUUGUGGAGUUUUGGCACUUUUCAGCGUUUCUCAGGUGACAGCAGAUGACCCAUAUAAGUAUUUCACAUGGACUGUGACAUAUGGGACUCUUUCUCCUCUGGGUGUACCCCAACAGGUAAUCCUUAUCAAUGGUCAAUUUCCUGGUCCUAGACUUGAUGUGGUAACUAAUAACAACAUCAUCCUUAACCUCAUUAACAAACUGGAUGAGCCUUUCCUAUUGACAUGGAAUGGUAUUAAACAAAGGAAGAACUCAUGGCAAGAUGGAGUGCUAGGUACCAAUUGCCCUAUCCCUCCAAAUUCGAACUUCACUUACAAGUUUCAAGUCAAGGAUCAGAUUGGAACCUUCACCUAUUUCCCGUCUAUUCUACUGCACAAAGCUUCUGGAGGGUUUGGAGGACUCAAUGUCUAUGAGAGACCUCUGAUACCAAUCCCGUUUCCAACUCCUGAUGGAGAUUUCACUUUACUUGCCGGUGAUUGGUUCAAAACCGACCGUAAGACAUUGCAGCAAUCUUUGGACUCAGGGAAAUCUCUUCCCUUCCCUGAUGGUAUCCUUAUAAAUGGCCAGGCUCAAAAUACCUUCAACGGUGAUCAAGGUAAAACCUACAUGUUCAGGAUCUCAAACGUGGGCUUAUCAACCUCGUUGAACUUUAGAAUUCAGGGCCAUUCACUGAAGUUAGUUGAGGUUGAAGGAUCUCAUACCGUUCAAGACACAUAUGACUCUCUUGAUGUACAUGUUGGCCAAUCCGUGGCUGUCUUAGUAACCUUAAAUCAGCCUCCAAAGGACUACUACAUUGUUGCAUCCACACGAUUCACUAAGCAAGUUCUUUCAGCAAGUGCAGUUUUACACUACACGAACUCUCAGACCCGCGUCUCUGGACCCUUGCCGGCUGGUCCUACUUACCAAGUACACUGGUCUAUGAAGCAAGCCAGAACCUUCAGGUGGAAUUUGACAGCAAGUGCAGCUAGGCCUAACCCUCAGGGCUCAUACCAUUAUGGGAAAAUAACACCUGUAAAGACGAUUGUGUUGGCCAACUCAGCCCCUUUAAUUAAUGGAAAACAGCGUUAUGCUGUUAACAGGGUCUCCUACAUUAAUGCUGACACCCCUCUGAAACUUGCUGAUUAUUUCAACAUCCCUGGCAUCUUCAGCUUGGAUUCCAUCCAAAGUCUUCCCUCUGAUGGUCCAGCAUAUUUAAGUACCUCUGUUAUUCCAGCCUCCCUCCAUGAUUUUAUUGAAGUUGUUUUCCAAAACAAUGAAAAAACCCUUCAGUCUUGGCAUCUUGAUGGUUAUGACUUUUGGGUUGUUGGUUAUGGUUCCGGACAGUGGACACAAGCCAAAAGAAGCACCUAUAAUCUGGUUGAUGCUCUAACUAGACAUACUGCUCAGGUGUAUCCAAACUCUUGGACCUCAAUAUUGAUCUCCUUGGACAAUCAAGGUAUGUGGAACUUCAGGUCUGCAAUAUGGGAUAGGCAGUACCUUGGGCAACAAUUGUAUCUGAGAGUCUGGAAUGCAGCCCACAACCUUGCCAAUGAAUAUGACAUUCCUGCUAAUGCUUUGCUUUGUGGCAAAGCCGUGGGAAGGAAGCCUUAGUACGACCCACUAUUAUUUAUUUGAAGCAUUUUUCCUUUCAAAAAAUAUUUUUAUUUUCCAGUCAUGAGGGUUUGACUACAAGACAGCACACAAAGAUGGGAGAAAAAAAAUAUUAGGGUUAUUUAGUUGUACGGGGCUCUAUUUGUAUGUCUCAAAUUAUUUUAGAUGAAUUUACUUUUGCUUGUAUGAUUGUGUCAUUUGUAAAUGUUUGGAUGAUUGGAUCCAUUUUAUUCUGGAAGUUUGUAGUUCUAUAAAUUUAUAAUUUUGAAAUUACAAUGUCAAGUACC